AUGGCAUUGAAACUCUCCUACUUCGAUAUCCGCGGACUUGCCGAGCCCAUCCGGCUUCUUUUGGUCGACAAACAAGUCGCCUUUGAGGACCACCGUAUCAGCCGCGACCAAUGGGCUGAGAUCAAGCCAAAGAUGAUCUUCGGACAAGUCCCAUGUCUUUUGUCAGGAGACGAGGAGCUCGUUCAAUCUGGGGCCAUUCUCCGUCAUCUCGCCCGUGUCCAUGGACUCAACGGAACAAACGAGACAGAGACAACCUUCGUCGAUAUGUUCUUCGAAGGAAUCCGUGAUUUGCACAACAAGUACGCUCAGAUGAUCUACGGAAACUACGAGAACGGCAAGGACGCCUACAUCAAGGAUACUCUUCCAGGGGAACUCGCCCGUCUUGAGAAGCUCUUCCGUACCUACAAGAAUGGAGAGCACUACGUUGCUGGUGACAAGGAAAGCUAUGCCGAUUAUGUUCUUUUCGAGGAACUCGAUAUUCAUCUCAUUCUCUCACCAACCGCUCUCGAUGGAACUCCAGUUCUCAAGAAGUUCCAUGAGAGAUUCGCCGAGCGCCCGAACAUCAAGGCUUAUCUCAACAAGAGAGCCGCAAUCAACCCACCAGUCAACGGAAACGGAAAGCAAUAG